UAGAAGUAUUUUAAGUAUUUAUAAAGAAAAGAUUAUAUUUGCUUAAAACAGGAUUUGUCGCAUUACCUGAGGAAGAAGCCCGGAAGACUAAGAAGAGGAAUGAAAAGGAGUCAGGAAUGGCUCUUACUCAGAGUUUUUUGACAUUCAGGGAUGUGGCCAUAGAAUUCUCUCAGGAAGAGUGGAAAUACCUGGACUCUGCUCAGAGGAUUUUAUACAGGGAUGUGAUGUUGGAGAACUACAGGAACCUAGUCUCCCUGGGAAUCUCUCCUUUUGACCUCAGUGUUAUCUCCAUGUUGGAACAAGGGAAAGAGCCCUGGUGUAUGGACAGCCAAGUGACAUUAGCAAGAAACCCAAAUGGGUGGGAAUGUAUCAAAGGUGUGAACACAGAUACAACUCCUAAAUGUGGGAUCAAGGAAUUACCACCAAUAAAUAAUAGUAAUGCAGGAGAAAUAUUCCAAACAGUUAUGUUGGAAAGACAUGGAAAGCAUGACACAGAUUUUUACUUUAGGGGGAUAAAGAAAAAUAUACAUGACUUUGAGUUUCAAUGGAGAGAGGCUGGAAAAGAUUAUAAAGGAGUCCCUAUGACCCAUAAAAAAAAUCUCACUGAUAGAAGAGACCUACAUGGAGAAGUGGAUGCAGGAAACAGGCCUAUUAAAAAUAAGCUUGGCUUUCAGUCACUUCUAGCUGAACUGCAGAAAUUUCAAAUUGAAGGGAAAAUUUAUGAAUGUAAUCAAAUUCAGAAGACAAACAGUGUUUCCUCAGUUUUACCACUUCAAAGACUCCUUCCUAGUGUGCACACCUACAUCUCUAAUAAGUAUGGCAACGAUUUCAUGCACCCUUUAUUACUUGCACAAGACCGGGAAACACACAUCAGGGGAAAACCCUACAAAUGUAAUGAGUGUGGGAAAGUCUUUAAUCAGGACUCACUCCUCCAUAGGCAUCAGAUAAACCAUAAAGGAGAAAAACCAUAUCAAUGUGAUGUAUGUGGCAAGGUCUUCAAUUUCAGGUCAAAUCUUGCAGUUCAUCUGAUAAUUCAUACAGGAGAGAAACCAUAUCAAUGUGAUAUAUGUGGCAAGGUCUUUAGUCGAAAGUCAUAUCUUGCAAGUCACCGGAGAAUUCAUACUGGAGAGAAACCAUACAAAUGUAAUGAAUGUGGCAAAGCCUUUACUCGAAGUUCUACCCUUGUAAUUCACCAGAAAACUCAUACUGGCGAAAAACCUUACAAAUGUAAUGAGUGUGGCAAAGCCUUUAAGCGGGGCUCAUUCCUCACUGCACAUCAGAUAAUUCAUACUGGGGAGAAACCAUACCAAUGUGAUGUGUGUGGCAAGGUCUUCAAUUACAGUACAAACCUUUCCAUUCAUCAGAGAAUUCAUACUGGAGAGAAACCAUACAAAUGUAAUGAAUGUGGCAAGGUCUUCAGUUAUCACUCAUCCUUAGCACGUCAUCGGAACAUUCAUACUGGAGAGAAACCUUUCAAAUGUAAUUAAUGUGGCAUGGUCUUUGGUAACUACUCAUACCUAGCACGUCAUCGGAGCAUUCAUACUGGAGAGAAACCUUAUAAAUGCAAUGAGUGUGGCAAAGCCUUUAGGGUGCGUUCAACCCUAGUUAGGCAUCAGAUCAGCCAUACUGGAGAAAAGCCAUAGAAGUGUAUUGAAUGUGGCAAGACCUUUGGACAGUGGUCCUCCCUCAAGAGACACCAAAGAAUUCAUCCUGGAGAGAAACCUUACAAAUGUAAUGAAUGUGGCAAAUCCUAUUUUCAUUGCUCAGGCAUCACUAAACAUCAGAAAAAACAAACUGGAGAGAACCUUACAGAUACACUGAAUGUGACAAGGCCUUUAGACAUUGUCUUAACAUCUAAGUUCACUAAAUAAUUCAUGCUUGUAUAUGCAGCGAAUAUAGUAAAGUUUUAAACUAGUGCUCACUACUCACUAGGCAUAAGAAUAUACAUCCUGGACAGAAACAACAAAAACAAUAUGUGUGGCAAGAAUUUUACCUAAAGGACAAAACUUGUGGAUCUACAGAGAAUUCAAAAUGAAGGGACAUUUUACAAAUAAAUGUAUGUGGCAGAGCCUUUAUCAGAGUUUAAUCAUUACUCAACAAAAGAGAGUUCACUACAAGGAGAACUCAUGUAAAUGUAUGUGGCAGAAGCUUUACCCUGGCAUCACAACUCACUAGACAUCAGAACAUACAUCUGUGAUGAAAGCACACAAUGUAAUGGGCAUGCUAUGGCUUUUACUCAGAGAUCAAAAGUGAAACAUCAUAGUAUUCAUAUACUGGAGAGCAAUCUUGCAAACGUAAUGAAUUUGGUAAGGCUUUUUAUCAAAUAUUCACACCUUUGGGGUCACAAGAGAAUUUAUACAAGAGAGAAACCAUGCAAACAUGCUGACCUUAGAAAGGCUUUAAGCAACAGUGUAUCCUCAGGCUUCACCAAAUUAUUCAUACUGGAGAGAAACCUUAUAUAUGUAAUGAAUAGGUAAUUUUUUUAACCAAUUCUCACAAUGGAGAAAUCAUAGUAGGGAUAACUAAGUCUGCUCUUCCAAGAUUGAUCUGAAAUACGUAGCACAUAAUAACUACAAGUCAAAAUAUGUUAAAACUCAUGACUUCAUGUAUAUCAAAAGAGGAAGAGCAUGUGUAGGAAUGGCCAAUUCAGCUUAUGAAAUAUCGUAUUCAAUUAUCUGCAGUUUCUUGAAAAGGCUACAUUACUAAUUGUGACUUUCAGCCUGAAGUUUGAAGUAUAUUGAUAUACUUUUCUUACAGGCUUUUCAUUGUCUCCGGGAGGGAAUCAGUAAGAUGAGAAGGCCUGCUUCAUUAGGUAUGGUUCCUUCAUGUCCACUUGCCCUAGAAAAUCAAGGACACUGAAUUUUAAAAUUCAAUAUUGUGUGAAUUUAAGAGCAUGGGGGAGGGGCAGGAAUUACUUAAAUGUAUGAUGUAAGUCAUGCUUAAUGUAUUUAGGGUACCCUUUCCAGGCAGAGGGCACUUUGGAAACAACUGACCAUGAAACAGCAGGCUAGGCUAGGGGUUUUCGUGGAGGAGAGUGACAGGUUACUAGAGACUAAUUAUGUGGUAGAAAUGGUGCAGGGGAAAUGGUGGUCACCUUCUCCAUUGAAUAUCAGUAGCUGUUUAUAUCACUCAUUAAUGAAAGAUUAGUCUUAUUUUGGGAAAUUGAAGAGAAGCAGUUAUCAGAAGGAGAGUUUAAUUGAAAGAACCAGAAUAGCAUAUUCAUGAGUGGGAUUCACAUGGAACCACUGGCAUUCCAUUUUACUACUGUUUUAUUCAUAAUGUAU